CAGUUCGUAGUUCUCUUUUCCUUUGUGGCCAUUUUCAGUUUUUCACCAAAUCAUCGACCAUUUCUCUUUUGGAGCAAUUGUUGACUCUUUCGUCGUUCCGCUUAUUCCUCAAGUUCAACCAAACUAAUAAGUCAACCAUGAAUCCAUAACCUCCCUUUUACAAUUAAUUAUUCUUCAUGGGAUUUCGUCAAUUCCUCAUAAACCCAGAAUAAGUCUCCACUUGCAGAAUCUUAGUCCCUUUAAUACCCAAUCUUUCUUCAAUCCCAUAACCGAGUGUUUCUGUGAGCUCUUAACCGUGUGAUUUUGGUGGUCUAAUAAUGGCCAAUCAAGAAAGGGGUGAUUUGGUGAGUCAACUCGUUGACCUGGUCAGGGAGUUUUCAGGGUUACCUGAGUGCAGAAACGCCGUUAAAGAGAUGUACGUGAAUUUGAUGAGGAGAGUGAAGCUUUUGAACCCUUUAUUUGAGGAAUUAAAAGAUAGCGAAGAACAACUUAACGCUGAUGAUGAUGUUCAAGGGUUACAGUUUUUGAAAAUUGCCUUGAAUUUGGCUCUGGAGCUUCUCAAAUCAGUCAAUGGAGGAAGCAAAACCUUUCAGGCGCUGCAAAUUGAUGGAAUUGCUGACAAGUUUCGUGCAGUAACUGCGCAAAUUGAAGAGGCAUUGUGCAAAGUUCAUUAUGAUAGAUUCGAUAUACCUGAGGAAGUCAGAGAACAGAUACAACUUGUGCAUCUACAAUUUAAACGAGCGAAAAGACAAAUCGAGUCUCCAGAUUUACAGUUCCAAACAGAUUUGGCCAUGGUGAAAAAGGGAAAAGAACCCGAUCUAGAAAUGAUUAAACGACUUUCAGCAAAACUGCAUCUCACGACAAUAAAUGAUCUUAGGAGAGAGUCUCUUGCAAUUCAUGAUAUGGUCAUGUCAGCCGAUGGAGUUCCUGAAAAUUGCUUCGAGUUAAUGUCGUUUCUUCUUAAAAAGAUAAACGAUUUCGUGAUGCUUGGAAAUCCCAAACUUGAUUCCUCUGAUCAUGAAUCGAGCUUCGUGAGGCAUAGAUCUCCGGUGAUUCCAGAUGAUUUCAGGUGCCCGAUAUCACUCGAGUUGAUGAAAGAUCCCGUGAUUGUCUCCACCGGGCAGACGUAUGAACGGUCUUGUAUUCAAAAAUGGCUAGACGCCGGACACAAAACAUGCCCAAAAACUCAACAAACAUUACUCCACACAGCGUUAACACCGAACUAUGUCUUGAAGAGUCUAAUCGCCUUAUGGUGUGAUAGUAACGGAAUCGAGUUGCCACAACCGCAAGGCAACUCAAGAAACCCUAAAACCACUAAAAUUGGAUCGGAAUGUGACCAAACCGCCAUUACUGGAUUACUCGAGAAACUCGGAAACGGUAAUUCCGACGAGCAACGGGCGGCUGCCGGUGAACUCCGAUUACUAGCAAAACGGAAUGCCGAUAGUCGGAUUUGCAUCGCGGAUGCCGGUGCGAUUCCGUUGUUAGUUGAGUUACUAUCUUCCCAAGAUAACCGGACUCAAGAACAUGCGGUCACCGCACUUUUGAACUUAUCCAUAAACGAGGUGAAUAAAGGGAUAAUCGUGGGUGUUGGAGCCAUAGCCGAUAUAGUAGAUGUAUUGAAGAAUGGAACCAUGGAGGGGCGGGAAAACGCGGCGGCAACGCUUUUUAGUUUGUCGGUUUUGGACGAAAACAAGGUGGCGAUUGGGGCGGCCGGUGCGAUUCCGCCGCUUAUCGAUUUGCUUCGAGACGGGACUCCGAGAGGGAAAAAGGACGCGGCGACCGCCAUUUUUAACCUAUGUAUCUAUCAAGGGAACAAGGUGAGAGCGGUACGGGCCGGAAUCGUGAUUCCGUUGAUGGAAUUGGUGAAAGACGCGAGCGGUGGAAUGAUGGAUGAGGCUUUAGCGAUUUUGGCGAUAAUUGCUAGUCACCAUGAAGGGAAAGCGGCGAUUGGGCAAGCCGAUCCAAUUCCGGUUUUGGUGGAAGUGGUUCGAACGGGGUCUCCUAGGAAUCGGGAGAAUGGAGUGGCGGUUUUGUGGUGUGUUUGUGUGGGUGAUAUCGAGUGUUUGAAGAUGAUGAAAGAGCUUGGAGCGGAGGAGGUUUUGAAGGAAUUAUUGGAGAAUGGAACCGAUAGAGCAAAGCGGAAGGCGGGAAGUUUGUUGGAACUUCUCCAACAAGUUCAACUUGGGGCGAACCUAUGACUUGUUGGUAGUGUGUGCCUGAAUACAUACUAUGAAGAAGUAGUAUGCAUCAGGCACAAGUCAAUUUGUGCUUGAUAGAUAAUAUGUAUGC